GGCCGGCCCCAGCUGGGAGUCCUGAGAGAGCGGGGUGUAGCUGCGGCGGUGCCCGCCCCCUCUCUCCGCCACUCCAGCGGAGCUGAUCUCGGGCCGGGCACCGUCGCGGGCCCCCCUGGCCCGGCCACCUGGGACUGUGCUGGGGAGUCGGCCACCUCCCCCUCUCCCCUCGUCCGCAAAGUUUGUGGCGAAGCCGGCGCUGGAGCAGAGCGAGCCCCCGGGGGGAGAUCGGGGAGCGCCCGAUGACGGGCGACAGGAGCCGUUGACCCCGGACACCGCUGUCCGGGGCAGGAGCGCGGAGCAGUUGACCAGCCCGCCGCCUCCGGUGCAUGGGGCCCGGCUGAGGAGCCAGCAUGGGCAACUGCGUGGGGAGACAGCGCGGAGAGAGGCCGGCCGCCCCGGGACACCCCCGCAAGCGAGCAGGACGCAACGAGCCCCUGAAGAAGGAGCGGCUGAAGUGGAAGAGUGACUACCCCAUGACAGAUGGGCAGCUGCGGAGCAAGCGGGAUGAGUUCUGGGACACAGCACCUGCCUUCGAGGGCCGUAAGGAGAUCUGGGACGCCCUCAAGGCUGCCGCCUACGCGGCUGAGGCCAAUGACCAUGAACUGGCUCAGGCCAUCCUGGAUGGAGCCAGUAUAACCCUGCCACAUGGCACCCUCUGUGAAUGCUAUGACGAGCUGGGUAAUCGCUACCAGCUGCCCAUCUACUGCCUGUCACCGCCCGUGAACCUGCUGCUGGAACACACUGAGGAGGAGAGCGUGGAGCCCCCAGAGCCCACACCCAGCGUGCGCCGUGAGUUCCCACUGAAGGUGCGCCUCUCCACAGGCAAGGACGUGAGGCUUAGUGCCAGCCUGCCCGACACGGUGGGGCAGCUCAAGAGGCAGCUGCACGCCCAGGAGGGCAUCGAGCCGUCCUGGCAGCGAUGGUUCUUCUCUGGGAAGCUGCUCACAGACCGCACACGGCUCCAGGAAACCAAGAUCCAGAAAGAUUUUGUCAUCCAGGUCAUCAUUAACCAGCCCCCACCGCCCCAGGACUGAGAGCCUAAGGACCCCUGGGAAGAGAGGCCAGGGAGGGCCUCUGUGGGGCUGGAGCACCAGGCCCCUCCCCUGCUGCUGCCUUGGAGUGCUGAUAUUUUCUUCAGGGCACCUCCCCGCUGUGUGGCUGCUGGGCAAGCUGCAAGGGACCCUGUCUUCCAGGGCCACCAUGGGCCACCAGUGCCUGACAGCCAGGAAGCAGUGCUGCCACACAGGCCUUGCCAACCUCGCAGAGAAGAGGAAAACGGGGCCUCCACCCUGCCUCUCCCACAGCAGGCUCACCAUGAGGGCCAGCCCGGGGGCCCCUGAAGCCCAGAUCUGUCCUCUGGUGCUGCCAGCUGUGCUCACUCCGGUUUCUGCUCAGGGUCUGAAGCAGCUGCUGUGUCCCUCCCCUGCCCCUGACUCUGCCCUGGGCACAGUGCCAGUGUCCUGGAGGGGAGGGGACCGUUCUUGAGCCCCAGGGGCAGGGAGCCUGAAGCCAGCCUCUGCCUCUCCCUGCCCCCAGCACAAUUGGCGGAGAUGAAGCAGGUGGCCGGACAGCUGGGCUGCUGUGGCAGGGGUCUGCCCAGGGCCAUCUCCUGGCUGUAACCCACGCAGUGGGGUGUCUGCAGCCAGUCAUGGUCCCACAGCAGGUCCCUGUGUACAGAGAUAUCUGCAUAUUUAUCAAUAAAGCCUUUUGCUCCUU